UCAUAACUCACGUGACCGCCGCUUUUGCGAAAAAGUGAAAUAAGGAAAAAAGUGACAAUUUUGCGUGCAUCUGUUCCGUCAGCGGAUCUAAAGAAAAUAAUGUCAGCUUUCUGGUUUGAUAUCAGACCUCUGAAAGUGCCGCUAGGAUUUUUGCGUAUUCUGGAGUGGGUAUUUGCCAUUUUUGCAUUUGGGUCGAUUACUAAUUAUGUCGGAACCACCAGCUUCAAUAUCCAGUGUCAAGGGACUGGUAACCAACAGAUCAACAUCUCCUUUGAAUACCCUUUUAGACUUAAUAAAGUCCGGUUUGAUGUGCCAACCUGCGAAGUCAAUAAAACAGCCAUGACAAAGUACUAUCUGAUCGGAGACUAUUCAUCUUCAGCUGAGUUCUUCGUUGCAGUUGGUGUCCUGGCCUUCCUCUACUGUACCAUCAUGCUUGUGGUGUAUGUUGGCUACUAUCAAGUAUAUAGCGAGUCAAAACGUGGACCCGUUAUUGAUCUGAUAAUAACUGGAAUCUUCACAUUCUUGUGGCUGGUGGCUUCGUCUGCCUGGGGAAAAGGCCUGACUGAUGUGAAAUGGUCUACUAGUACAUCAGAAUUCCUUUCCCUAAUCAGUGUCUGUAAGAUUAUCUUGAACAAGUGCACAUCGGGAGCCAUUCCUCUAUUUGGCCCCCUCAAUUCUUCAGUGAUUGCUGGCUUCCUGAACCUCAUCUUAUGGGCAGGAAACUGCUGGUUUAUUUUUAAGGAGACACACUUCCAUGCACAGGCUUCUCCUGCCAGUUUGCAAGGAGCAACAAGACAGCCUUGAUGAGAAGAGUAAGACAAAAUGGCUAUGCUCACAGUUGCCUGUUGCAGUUCAAACAGUUGUGUUUCGGUGACUACACUUCCUGUUUUGACACUGCAGAUCACAGGAAGCAACGGUUUGGUUUACAGUAUCAUUGUGUAAUACACUCUUUUGAAACUAGUGCAGUGCCAUUUAACCUACUCUAAAUUACUCAGACAUAAUCUCAAGAAAGCAAGAAAAUCUGAAUAAUCAUGAUUAUGGCUUACAAAUCUGAUUUACACAUGAAUCCAUUAGAAAGACACUUUACAUGCUCUAUAUUGAACACAAGAUUUUAAUAACCAAUUAGCACAGGAACUUUAGCCUAGAGCUUCCUGUCAUUGAUGACUGAUUUUGGUACUGUUUGGUACUUUGAUCAUUUUCUUUUUGAAAAACUAUUCAUUUUAAUAAAGAGUCAUGUAUAUUUAGGAAUUUAGAAAAAAAUCCCCAGGCAAUGUGACCUUAAGAGAUGACAUGUGAAUGAUAAAAAUAGAUUAUUUGCUGAUAGAUUGUUACAGUAGAUUUGGGGAUAUCUGUUAAAGAAACUAUGCAUACAGCAUGAACUACGAAAUGCAUUUGAGAUGCCUUCAUUUAUUUAUUUUUUUUUCAUUUUCACGUGAAAUAGACCAUUACAAUAACAUUUCUUGUUUUUUUUUUUUAAGCACUGUUAUUUUUAAAUGAUUUAGAUUUACUGAAUGGUUUCAUGUUCAUGUACAAGUCUUCUUAUUCAAUUUUGGUACAGUAGUUUUCUACCCAUUUUUUAGUAAUAUAAAAGCGUUUUGUUCAUUUGUUAGCAUGUAUGAUGCCCAAAUGUGGCUUGGAAAAUUGUGUUGUUUUUAUAUUAUAAACUUUUUAUAAAUCUCUAUAAAUUAUAUUAUGUUGUUUUUUAUAUUGUGUAUGCACUGAUGAGCCUGUUCAUCAUGUUUUGUGGUUAAGAAUCUGUUAAACCAAGGCAAAAAAAUAAAAAUAAAAAAUACAAAUACUUUUACUGUAAAACUGACUUAACUUUACUAGGUGAUUGUAAGCUCUAUAUGACACAACCAUAUUUUAAUUAAAGGAAAAUUCCACUGUGAAGAUGUUUCCACAUGUAUAUUGACAUAUGAUGUUUUUACUGAUUCUGGUAGUAAUUUGUUGGUUGCUGCUGUAUAUCUGAUAUUCCUGUGAUAAGUGCAUUUGUGUUGUGAUGAAUAUGAUAAGAUUAUUACCUCCAAGAUUAUUACUGGCCACAUAAUCUGCUGUUUGUUUUUAGAAUUUCAUCCAAGAAUCUCCUGUCCAUGGAAUGCUAAAUGCUUUCAAGUAAAGUUGUGUUCUGUUA